AUGGUCAAAACAAUCUACAUCACAAGACAUGGAUAUAGAUCCAAUUGGGUCUUGGAUAAACCAAUGCCUGACCCUCCUACAGGUAUCCCUGCAGACCCAGUACUCGCAGACCACGGCCUUGAUCAAGCACAAGAACUUGGAACUUACAUCUCAUCAUUCAAAGAUUUCCCCGUACAACAUAUCUACUGCUCUCCCUACUACCGCUGUAUCCAAACUGCUACCCCUACUUCUAAAUCUCUCGAAACAAAACUUUUCAUUGAACAUGGUGCAUCAGAAUGGCUCUCGCGACCCUUUUACGAAAAAUCACCACUUCCUGCUUCUACUCACGACUUAGCCCAUAAGUAUUUCAGCACAGACAUUAUUGACGAAUCUUAUGACCCAAUUAUCCCCCAUUCUACAGUCGGAGAGUCCUAUGAAGAACUCCUUGCUCGUGCUAAAUCUUUCCUCUCAAAACUUAUUGCACGUCUUGAUAAUGAAGCCCCACACAUUGAAAACAUUCUUAUUGUAACCCAUGCUGCUACAAAAAUCGCUCUCGGAAGAGCCUUGCUCCAUGACGAAACUAAAGAUAUCCGUACUGGCACUUGUUCUCUCGAUACUUAUGUCCGAGGCGAUACCCCGACAAAGUGGAUUGCAAAGUCUAUUGGCGAAACAUCCUUCUUGACCAAUGGUGAAGAAAUGCAUUGGAGUUUUGACAUUGCUUAUGCCCCUGGAUCAACUGAAGAUAUUGCUGCCCGGUUACAAGGUUCCGAUUCUCAAGUAUUAGAUAAAGAGGAUUCCGAAGUAGAGCCUGAGGAAAUGGCGACUGUUUACGUUACUUUGGAUUUAUCUCAAGUCCAACAAAACUUUUUGGGCGAUUUUGCUUCCUUUUAUACCAAGAAAAAGGCCAAUGAUGAUGGCUUAAACUACCAACAUAAUACUACUGCUUCUGGCGAUGAUCUAGACUUGGAUGAAGACUCUGAUGACGACUCAGAUUCAGAUGAUGAUUACGAAGAUAGCGAAGAUAACGAUGAUGAUGAUGAUGAAGAUGAUGAAGAUGAAAAUAGCGAAGAAGAAGAUAGUAAAACUUCACUUGACGAAAAACUUAGAAAACGAGCUGGUGCUAGAAGCAAUGCCUUUGGUGGACCAAAAUCUACUCUUAGAGCUAAACAUCUUUCUCAAAAAGAAAAAAAAAAGGCACAAGCAUCUGCUGGAGGUGAUUAUUCACGCCAUUUCCAAAACUCAUCUCAACGGUCCCGUGCAAGCCGUGCAUCCCGUAUGGCAGCAGCAGCAGCAGCAGCUCUUUCAAAAAAUUCUGUUCUUCAGAUUGUUGAUUUGGAAAGUGAUCAUCCACUUUUCAGAGUUGGAAAUGAUUUGUAUAUGGGAGUAUGGGAGGAUCUUGUUGGGACAGAAUUGUAUACAAAUUUUGAAGGUGAAGUUGUGGGGAAAACACGAACGCGAAUUCGGCUGAUUCCUACAAAAGUUAAAUCUCGGGCUUUGCACACAGUCAUAGAGGGGACUCAGGAACUUUCAUUAUACUCGCAACCUCUACACGAAAAGCAGAAUGAGGAGACUACAGAAACUAAUUUAAGUGCUCCAGUUACUCCACGGAAAUCUGUAGCUGUGACCCCCAAAUCAGCCAAGAGCAGUAAUAAACUGAUUUCUGGGCCUGGAGUAAGUGCAACAGGAACUGGUGGUGUACAUGUAGGUCAUGUAAGGUUACUUGAUCGACUUAAAGAAAUUAAUUUAAGGCGCAUGGCAACUGAAGGACCUCCUGAGCCAACAGCAAGACGGAAAAAAGAAAUUGAGGAAGAAUCUGAGAGGGUAAAGAUGAGGGAGUCACAAAAUAAAGAAGAAAAAGAAGAAGAAGAAAAAGAAGAAAAAGAGAUUGAAGAUGUGGAGAUGAAGGAUGUAAGUGCAGAUAAUAAUGAGGAGGAGAAGGAAGAAGAAAAAGAAGAAAAAGAAGAAAAAGAAGAAAAAGAAGAAAAAGAAGAAGUUACAAAAAAAACUUCUGAAGAAACUUCUGAAGAAACUUCUGAAGAAACUUCUAAAAAGACUACUGAAAAAACUGAAGAAGAAACUUCUGAAAAAACUGAAGAAAAAACUGAAGAAAAAACUGAAGAAAAAACUUCUGAAAAGACUUCUGAAAAGACUUCUGGUGAGAAGAAGACAACAGGAAAGAGUAUUGAGGAAGAAUCAGAGAAGAAACAUGAAGGGGAAGUUAAUAAAGAAGAAGAAGAAGAAGAAGAAGAAGAAGAAGAAGAAAAGCCUAUGAAAAAUUCUAAGGAAAUUAUAUCAAAUAAAAAAAGUACAGAAACAACAACACCAAAGGGAGAAUCAUCAAAUGAAAUUUGA